AUGCGCGCCUCUCAUCCUGACAGCAGCAUGGAUCCAGUGCGAGACAAUAUGACUCAUUUUUGGAAGACUCACUCCCAAAAUGCCACUUUGGAGGAGAUGAUGUUGGACACUCACGCUCAGCAGCUGACGGAGCAGGAGCUGCCGGAGAUCCUGUCCUUGCUGCCCCCUUUGGACUCCUGCAGGGUCCUGGAGCUGGGAGCGGGCAUCGGACGCUACACAUGCCACUUGCUGACCAGGGCUCAACAUGUGAUCGCUGUGGAUUUUAUGCAAAACUUUGUGGAGCGGAAUAGACAGGACAACGGUCACCACGGCAACGGCACGUUCCUCCAAGCAGACGUCACCAAGCUUGAAAUUCCACAUAACAGUAUUGACUUCAUCUUCUCCAACUGGCUGCUGAUGUAUCUGAGCGACGAGGAGCUCCAGCGUCUGACCGAGAAGAUGUUGCUCUGGCUGCGGCCUGGGGGCUUCCUCUUCUUUAGGGAGUCCUGCAACCAUCGCUCAGGUGACUUUCAUCGUGAAUUUAACCCAACUUGCUAUCGCUCUGAGGCACAGUACACUCAGCUAAUCACGUCAGCACAAGCAAAGGAGCAGAAGAGCGGCCAGACAUUUGGGUUUGACAGUGUCAUGAAGAAACAGAUCCAGACAUAUGUUAAGAUGAAAAACAACCCAAAUCAGAUCUGCUGGCUUCUUGAGAAAGUGCAGAGGUCUUCAACAGGAGAGGACCAUUUCAAAACGUUCCAGCAGUUUUUGGAUCAUAAACAAUACACUCGCAACGGCAUCCUGCGAUAUGAGAAGAUGUUUGGGGCCGGGUAUGUUAGCACAGGCGGUCCCAGCACAACUAAGGAAUUUGUGGAUUGGUUAGACCUGAAGCCCGGAGAGAAGGUGUUGGAUGUUGGGUGUGGGAUUGGAGGCGGAGACUUCUAUAUGGCGAAGACAUUUGGAGCAGAAGUUCUUGGCUUGGAUCUGUCUGAAAACAUGGUGGAGAUUGCCUUAGAGAGAGCAGCGCAGGAGAAUCUACCAUCUGUUCAGUUUGAGGUGUCGGAUGCCACAAAAAGGAUUUUCCCGGAGUGCUCCUUUGAUGUCAUCUACAGCAGAGAUACCAUCUUGCAUAUCGCUGAUAAACUGGCCCUUUUUAAGCGCUUUUUUUCGUGGUUGAAACCAGGAGGACGGUUGCUGAUCAGUGACUACUGCUGCGGAGAGAAGCCUUGGACAGUGCAGUUUGAAGCCUAUGUCAAACAGAGAGGAUACAUAUUGUACACUCCAGCAGAGUACGGACAGUUCAUUGAGAGGGCCGGUUUCUCCGACGUACGAGCAGAAGACAGAACCAGCCAGUUCAUUCAGGUGAUUGAAGAGGAGCUUCAAAAAGCACAGAAACUUAAAGUGGAGUUUAUUCAGGAGUUUUCCAAAGAAGACUAUUAUGCUAUUGUAAACGGGUGGCAAGACAAACUGGGGCGAUCCAAGAGUGGAGAUCAAAGAUGGGGACUUUUUCUUGCAAAGAGAAAAUGA